AUGGCGGCUGUGCAUUUAGCGGCCUGCAGCAGGAGAUCGAAGCAUCACAACUAUCAACAGGACAAUGUCAACAGUUGGCGCCCAGCCGCAACCGACUGCUGCCCGACAAGCCACUUCAUGGUCGUAAGGGCCUUUUCGAUCACGCUGUUGUUCGAUGCGAAUCAGUCAGGAGAACUCAUGGCCGAUUCCCUUAUCCAACAAAAAGACGAAGCUGUCAUCACGGCUUCCGAUAAGACAAACUCGAAACCCACCGCCUACAUCGACGUGAACUCGGAAGAACUGCGGGACAUCUUGCGAAUGUUGCUCCAAGAGGUUAAUUGGAUCAGCCUUGGCGGAGAUAAGCCCGCUUUCGAACAAAGCUUGUUGUUUCACUACCUCCCCGAGCUUGAAGCGUAUCGCGCCAACAGGAAGAGUGUCCGCGCUUUCGAUCUGUUGAUUCAAACUCGCCAUGAUCCGCCUAGGGAGUAUGCCGUGGAAGAUAUUGAACACGUCCAGUGGUCGAACCAGCUCUUCACCUCUCUCACAAUACCUGCUAGAAAGAAAGAGGUAGUCAUGGCUGUUGCCCAGAACCGCCUUGGCGAGCCGGGGAGCGGGUCUGUCAGUACGACCAAGGCAUUUGACGGUAUUGCUGGAGAAAAGGGGCGUGGCAUCGAUAUCCUGCUCUUUGGUCCGCCGGGAGUGGGAAAGACAUUCACAGCGGAAGCGCUCUCUGAACACUUCCACCGACCCCUAUAUUUAAUUUCGGCCGGCGAAUUGUGCUUGGAUGCAGCAGAACUGGAAUGGCAGCUCGGUCGUAUCUUCCAGACCGUAAAAGCGCGGAAUGUCCUACUCUUACUGGACGAAGCGGAUGUCUUUCUUCAGGCGCGUUUCCAGCUGACUCUCGAACGCAAUCGCCUUGUGGCCAUCUUUCUUCGAAGGAUGGGGUUCUUCAACGGCGUCUUCUUCCUGAGCACCGACCUUACCAACGACUUCGAUGGAGCAAUUCUAAAUAGAAUUCACUUGAGGAUGAAAUACGAAGACCUGGACAAAAAAGCGAGGCAGGUCGUGAUUGCCCAAUCACUCAAAAAGGUAAGAGAAGGUGGAGGGUCAUCGAGCAUUAGCAUGGAGGACUUGGAGCCUUUCGCUUGCGUCCAGCUCAAUGGUCGCGAGAUUAGGAAUACCAUCGCCACGGCGAACGACCUCGCCAGUGGAAAGGGGGAUUGUCUGUCCUUUUCGCACAUCUCUCAUGCUCUGACCGCAAAUAGCCAUUUCAUUCCUGAAGCGAGCCUGAUAUCAGUGGACGACAGCUUGUACGAGUGA